AUGACAACACCUCAACAGUCAGAUAUCAAGGGAGUUGACAAUGGGGGAGAACGACAACGAAAUAGCAUAGCCGAGUCCCAUGGCGGACGAGGAUCGGUAUCAGUCACCAUGGAGCCACGGCACAACAAGUUGGGCAGCAUCUCGGGCGUAUACAUCCCUGUUUUUCUCAAUAUCAUGAGUAUUCUCAUGUUUUUGCGAUUCGGUCAAAUCAUUGGAAAAAUCGGCUUCGUGGGCAUCCUCGGACUUCUAGUCACAGCUUACUCCAUUGACUUAUUGACAACGCUUUCUCUAUCGGCCAUCGCAUCCAAUGGAGAAGUCAAAGGUGGUGGUGCAUACUACCUUAUCUCACGGUCUCUGGGACCAGAGUUUGGUGGUUCCAUUGGAAUCCUCUUCUAUCUUGCUCAAGUUCUCAACGCAAGCAUGAACGUUGUUGGUCUUAUUGACUGUGUUAGACUGAAUCUCGGCGCGGCUUUCCCCUCAGGUUACUGGACUGGCUAUGGCCUCCAAACAGCGGCCCUGUUGCUUUGUACUGGUCUUUGUUUCCUAGGAUCUGCAACUUUCUCGAGAGCCUCCAAUGCUCUGCUUGCUAUCCUGAGCUUGGCCAUUGUCAGCAUCCCGGUCUCUGCUGUCUUCAAGGCCCCCUUCCAUGAUAGGGAUCUCGGGAUUCAUUUCACCGGACCUAGUCUUGAUACCCUGACCGACAACUUCCUUCCUCACAGUGGACCCCAAUUCAAAGGCCUUGAAACGUUUCGUGAUCUGUUUGGCAUUCUCUUUCCUGCUACCUCAGGAAUCUUUGCGGGGGCAUCCAUGUCUGGAGACCUAAAAGACCCAAGCAGAUCGAUUCCUCAUGGAACGCUCUGGGCAAUGCUGACAACUUUCAUCAUCUACUUUGUCGUAAUCCUUUCACUGGCUGCUAGCACAACCCACACAUCUUUCCUGGCCAACGACAAUGUCAUCCCUCUUGUCAACCUCUCCCAGCCUGUCAUCCUCGCUGGCGAAUGUGCAGUCACCUUCUUCUCCGCUCUCAUGGGCCUUAUCGGUGCCUCCAAGCUGUUCCAAGCUUUUGCAAGGGAUAAGCUUCUUCCAGGCCUCGGCUUCUUCAGCAAGGGCACGAAACACGGUGACGAACCCAUUUACGCUUUGCUUCUGACUUAUGUCAUUGCGCAAUUGGCGCUCUUCGCCGAUCUCAACCAGAUCGCUACCUUUAUCUCUAUGGGAUAUCAGAUGACUUUCUUCGUCAUGAAUUUAGCUUGCUUCCUUCUCAAGGUCGGGUCAGCCCCUAACUUCAGGCCAAGCUUCAAGUUCUUCACCUGGCAAACUGCCUUCCUUGCGGGCAUCUUGUCAGGCUUUGCUAUGUUCUUCAUCGAUGAGACUUACGCCGCUAUCGCAAUUACAGUGCUUGUGUUGUUGUUCCUCCUCAUUCAUUACCUUAGCCCUCCUAAGCACUGGGGCGAUGUCAGCCAAAACCUGAUCUAUCAUCAAGUAAGGAAGUAUUUGCUACGCCUGAGACCAGAACACAUCAAAUUCUGGAGACCGCACAUCAUAUUACUUAUCAACAACCCUCGCAGGCAGACCAGGUUGAUCCAGUUUUGUAACUCACUCAAAAAAGGGUCGCUUUACAUUCUUGGCCAUGUCAUUGUGACCGACGACUUCAACUCAGGGGUUCAUGAAGCUCGGCUUCAACAGCAUGCCUGGACAAAAUACAUCAAUGAGUUCUCCAAGAUCAAGGCUUUUGUGCAACUAACGAUGUCCCCCACCAUUACUUGGGGUAUCCGCAAUCUGAUACUAUCAGCCGGCCUCGGUGGAAUGCGCCCUAACAUUGCUGUGCUUGGGUUCUACAACAUGGAGGAACUGCGGAAAUCAAACCCGAAGCUACGCGUACCUGAUGUUCCCGUGUCUUUGUCUAGUCAAAUGCGACGGCCCGCUAGGUCAAAUGGCAAAGCUCCCGAAAGGCCUCGGAGGCGACGGGGUGACACGUCGGCAAGACUCAUGGAGGGCAUCCUACCAACAGACGUUAUUCGCACCGAGAACAUGAUGUCUCCAAAAGAGUAUCUGACUAUACUUGAGGACCUUGCGUUGCGAUAUCGACUUAACAUUGCAGUGGGGUGUGGCUUUGAAUCACUCGAGACACCAAGAAAGGACGGAACCAACACCAAAAAGUACAUCGACCUGUGGCCUAUCCAGAUGUCGGCCGAGGUUACUUCUGACGGAAAGAGUUUGCUGACCACCAACUUUGAUACAUACACCCUCAUUUUGCAGCUCGGACAUAUUCUUCACAGUGUGCAACUCUGGAAGCAUGUUUAUAUGCUUCGGGUCAUGGUAUUUGUGGAAUAUGAGAGUGAGGUCAACGAGGAGCAUGCUCGAGUUCUGGCACUUCUUGAAAAAUUAAGAAUUGACGCAGAGGUCAAAGUAUUUUGCUUGGCAUCAGGCAGUCUAAAUACCUACGAUCUCAUCGUCAAUGGGAUAGGUAGCGAUAUCGAUUGGGAGAUCGUCGUCAACGAUACACUCCGCAACGAAGAAUGGUGGGAUGAUGUUCAGAUGUUCCGAGGCCGAUCAGACAACAUGACAUCUACCCAGGAGCUGGAUCAGCUGGAGCACAUAUAUGAUACGAUAUCUGGGAGGCCCGGUUUGUAUAACCCUCAUGAGGAGAUAUACGAUCGCCGACGUGCUAGUACGACGGAUGUUCCCGAAUUACCAAGACGGCCGGCUAUCCGGAUGCUUUCGAAGAUGGGGGUUAGUAUGGGAAUUCACACACACCAUCUCCCAGACGGUGCAUUAGAUGAAACGGAUAACGAGGAUGACGAGGCAGAAGACUCGCAAGCAGAACUUCUCGAUGACGAAGAAAUGGGGUACAGUUCUAUACUAGGCCAUGAGUCGAUUGACGAAACAAACAUCGGCCCGAGUGAUGCAGCUCGUCAGCCAUUGUUGGCGAGCGGAGAUUCUCAUGAUGAGGAUGGCAGAGUGCGUGGUGACUUCUGGGAAAGCUUUGGCCGAAGGUCCAAGUCCGACACAGUUGGAGAUACGGUCGGGACGAGUACGUCGUACGGUACAAUGUCAUCGUCUGCGACAGUAAAGGGAGUUGGCGCUGGCGUUGGUGGAGUCCAAACAUCACAGUCGGCAUCAGCAUCAGCCUCUCAAGUUGCACCAGAGUCAUCGGCAACGCAGGCGAACCAACGACCACAUGGAGACGGCACAGACUCUGCCACGGCAGAGUUUCCCCCUCUUGUCUCGCGAGACUCGCUAGGACCUUCGGCAGCCUUCAGUCGUGUGCGCCCUCCAAGCCCUACGCGAGAAGAUACUGCACGCCCGUAUCGCAGCGGCGCAUCAACGCCAGGAAGACCCAAUCUCUCCAGGCAGUCCUCGGCCGUGAAGUUCUCCAGCCGCCCGGUCCCGGAAACAAAGAUCGUGGCCUCGGAAGCAGAGGGGUCCACGAUAAGCUUUGCGCCGCCCUCUAGCACCGAAUCUGAGACUCCCAAGGCCGGACCGUAUCGACCGAGUUAUUCGCGGCAAUCGUCGCUAGGAAAGUUCCCGAACAGGUCCCGGUCUAGUGGUCAAGUUAUGGCCGGCGAGGAGAGCAGAAAAGUCAGUUUCGCGGAACAGUCUGACUGCGAGCCAUACUCAACGCAUCAUUCUCGAUUCCAUUCGCGGCGGAAUUCUCGAGGAUCUACACAAGGAGGGGGCGAAUCCUAUGACCAAAUUCCAGAAAUGCUUGAAAGAUACAGAUUAAGUUCACAUCUAGAGGAGGAGGGUCAAAAUUCGGGUUACACGCCGCAGGGAUUGGAGCUCUCUUUCAACGAGCUUCCAAGCAGGGCACAGCAUCUCAUUGUGAACGAAUUGAUGCGUCAGCAUUCCAAGGAGACUGCAGUUCUUCUCAGCACGCUGCCAAUCCCUUCGGAGGGCACUUGCUUGGAUGAAGCUUCUACUAUACAGUAUCUGUCUGAUGUCGAGGUUCUUUGCAACGAGCUGCCACCAACGUUGUUGGUUCUUAGCAACAACAUGACAGUAACUGUCAACCUGUAG